AGGCUUUGCAAAGGGACUGCAGCAUUUCACAAUGGCCAGGUUGAAUCUCUGUCUUAUGCUUCUGCUCCUGUGUUUGACCAGGUGCAGCCUCCAGGGAGGAGUGAAACCUCAAGUAAGUGGCCAUGGAGGAGGUUACUUUUCAUCUCUUACAAGAGGUGCAGGAGCCCUUCAGCCAGGAGCUGGAAUGGGACUGGCUGGAGCCAAAGCUGGAAAAUACUCUGCCUUUGGGGCUCAGGGGCUUUCUGCAGGAGUAGGAAUUCAAAAUGGAUUUGGGGCUGGACGAGGUUUUGGGGGCAAACCAGGAAAGCCAGGUUACAGAAUGCCAGCUGAAUAUGGAACUGGCUUCAGAGGUGUUGGUUAUCCCCAUCAAGGUCUCCCCUUGGGAGGUCUUGGAGCACGAGGCAAGCCUUCCAAACCAGGAUAUAUGGUCGGUGUUGGAGCUGGAAGCUUCCCAAGCAAUGGGAUGCAGAAUGGAUAUGGCAAUGGCUAUGGAGCUGGAGGCAAUGGAUUCCCUCUUGCUGGAGCUCAGCCAGGUGCCCAGAUUCCAUAUGGCGGUCAGCUGGGUGGUCCAGUUGCUGCUGCUGCUGCUGCCUCCACCAAGUAUGGAGGGGCUGGGCAACUUCCAUACAGAGGACAACCACAGCAACCAGAAGCUACCGGCCUGGGAGAUUAUAGUGCUGGCAGAUAUGGAGACCCUAGCCAGCUGCCUUAUGGUGCUCAACCUGCUGGUCUUGGAGUGGAAGGUAAAGCAGGACCAUUUGGUGGGCCACAAGUAGGAUAUGAAUCCCAGCCUGCCCAGGCGAUGGGGUUGAAUGGAAAUGGAAACGGACUAGGAUAUUUGAACAGUAGAGAUCUUCAAGCUAACGGACUGGGGGCAGCUGCAUAUGGUCCUCUUGCUGCAGGGCAAGCCCCAGGAGGGUACGGCAGUCUGCUAGGCCCUGGACAGCCACUAGGAGGAUAUCGAGGGAAGGAAUCAAAGUACGGCAUGAAUGGCUACAUGGGAAAUGGCUAUAGAGGUCGCUGCUCUUCUGGAAAAUGCUGAAAGACAAUACUGCUCUGCAGAACUUCCUACAGCAAGAUCUGACAUCUAGGCAAUCUUUGGUGCUAAGUUUAAAGACCAACAACUGCGUUCCCAAUAUAAAUGGCUGUGUCUUUUUCCUUCUGUAUGUUUUAUUUUGUCAUUAGAAAUGUUUCAUUUUUUUAAAAAAAAAGUGUGAAAAACAUUGCAUGUUAGUUUUUAAAGCUUUGGUCAACAAUAUUUUCUGAGGACUAAUAUUAUGUUUGCAACAUAUUACAUAAAGUUUGAGAAGUUAGAAACUGCUCCCCCCCACCUCCCCCAAGACAUACCCUGUGAAUUCCACAGAUUAGGAGGCAUUCUAGAGAUGUUUUUCAUCUAAUUAUGUGUCUGGAGGCCCAGACAUCAAUCAAUGUCUUUUUACAUCAGAAUAAAUCCACCAUUCUCAAUGUCUUGCAUACUUGCGGUGUCCUUGUUCACAAAAACAAACUGCAUAUUUGUGUAUAUUUUUUAAAAAUCCCACUGAAUAUCUUCCAUUGCUACGGGUUCCAUAAACUAAGUACAUUAUGCAGCAUUUUGAUCCUUUUCUCAUGCUAAAAUUGAUACUAUGGAAUCUAGAAAUUGAUUUAAAAAAUAAGUUGAAAAUAUGGAUGAAUGUUGGCAUCUUCAGAUCAAUUAUUGGAUGAUAAAUCGUUAUUUCUUACACUACGGAUAAAUAUUAUUUGCUUACAUUAAAGGAUAAAUAUUUAUAUCUAUUGCCAUCAUAAUUUGAACUAUUAGCAUUUUCAGCUUCAGAAUUACUUAAAUGAUUAGAAAAGAUUAUUAAAUCUUAUAAGAUAAAUAAGCCCAUAAUUAGUCUUUAUACAUACUGUUUAUUAAACAAUCAUUUUGAUAUGCACAUUUUAAAAAGGAAUUGGAAACUCCUAUUUUAUCUAGUAGAAAAAUAGGGACCAUCUUUGUGGGAAGGUAAUAGUGUUCCAUGCGCCUUUGGUGUUGAGUCAUGCUGGCCACACGACCACAUGGCCACAUGACCACUUCAGACAGUGCUGGCUCUUCGGCUUUGAAACAGAGAUGAGCACCGCCCCUAGAGUCGGAAACGACUAGCACGUAUGUGCGAGGGGAACCUUUACCUUUUUAUUUUAUCUAAACAAUAGGAAACCAUCUUAACCUUUAUAUCAAAAAUGUCAAUAUGGUCGAUCUAAUUUAUAAAAUAUUUACAGAAACAUUCCGUACUUAUUUACCCCACUGCAUUUGUACAGAAAAGGAAUAGAUAAUAAGUAAUUUCAUUAUGGUAGAGACGAAAUGCUUCAUUAAAACAGGUUUUUCCAAUGUUCUAAAAUGUUUAUAGCCUAGGAAUAUGUCAUCACACAUGAAUUUGUGUCAGAGACAGAAUUUAAUACUUCCAUACAACUGUAUUCUUUUGAUCAAUAUACUUAUUAUAUGGCAAUAGAUGGCUGGACAACAUAUCUCAUGCCUUUCUUAUUGCAGAGACAUAAUUCAACAUUGGAAAGAUACAUUUAAAUAUACAUUUAUACACACACACACACAAUUUAUAUUGUUAUAUAUUAACUCAGUUUACUACUAGGCAGUCACCACACACAAAAGGAAACAUUUUGUAAACAAUGGACAAUUAACAUAACAACUAAGAUAAUUCUGCAAAAGAACAAUCUACAAAAAUACAAUUUUGAAGUGUAAUACGGGUAGUAUAGUAAAUGUUUUCAGCUAUGCUAGUCCACUAGGUCUAGGUUGCAAACUUUUAAUGUUUUUCAAAAGUUUUAAAGGAGAGUUUUAUGAUAUCAAACACCGGUAGAGUAAAUUGGAGGAUAUUGUAAAAUAUUCUGAUUGUUCUGAAAUAUCAUUUCAGAUUUUUUUUUCUGAAUUACUAGUAUAAGACAGAAUCUUACUAGUUUAACUUCCAAAAUAAAUGUUCAGAUCAUUGUACAAA